CGAAUCUAAAAGGGUCCGCUCCACAUAUCGUCCGAUCCGCUGUCAGGCUCCGCCACGAGUGAGCGCGCAAGUCCGAAUGUGCGCGCAGAGUGUGUUCGUGCAGUGCUGACAGUCUUAUGCAAGCCACCCUACACAGAGCCACGAUGUCUGACGCUGCUGCUCCAGCAGACAACAACGGGGAGCCUGGAUUAAACGGUGAAAGAUCUGGACUGCAGGCAGCAGCCAAUUCAGCACCCGGACUCUUCUACAAUGAAGUCAUGCUGUUGUAAUAGCUGCAGGUCAUGGGUAGAGCUGGAGAUGAACAGAAACGCUGCAUCUCUCUCUUCCUCCAGCACCUUAGUGCCGCCCCCUCUAGACCAGGUAGUAGAGGAGGAUGAUGGGAUGGUCGGGGGUCUGGAACACGUUCCCUCAUCGUCUUCCAUCCACAAUGGAGACAUGGAAAAAAUCCUGCUAGAUGCCCAGCACGAAUCCAGCCGUAGUAACUCCUCAUGCGACAGCCCUCCUCGACCCCACAGUCCUCAGGAAGAAGGGCAGAUCAUUUUUGACGUGGACAUGAGGAGGGACAGUCAGGAGGAAGUCAUGGAGAAGAUCAGAGAUGAUGACAUUUUAAUGAAGGAUUCAGACCGGGUGGCAGACUGGUCAAGUAGACCAGAGAAUAUUCCGCCCAAGGAGUUUCAUUUCCGGCACCCGCGACGUUCAGUGACUCUCAGCAUGAGGAAGACAGGAGCCAUGAAGAAAGGAGGCAUCUUCUCUGCUGAGUUCCUCAAAGUGUUUAUCCCCUCGCUGCUUCUGUCCCACAUUCUGGUCCUGGGUCUCGGGGUCUAUAUCGGGAAAAGACUGACAACUCCCACUGCAAGCUCCAUUUGAACACAAAUCUAAUCAAGUGCCUCAGGCAUGAUCCAGGUGGAUUAGGGAGAAAGUAGCAGUUUGUACGAAGAAGCCCCCUGCUGCCCCUUUCUUCCGCUUUUACUCUUUCUCAGCCACCUUUCUUUCCUUUUUCAGUAUUUCCUUUAAUCAUCCUUUCCAUGUUGAGAAGUAUUAGUGAUAAACUUCUCUUCAUUUCAGGCCCUUUCUUGUUUAUCAUUUUCUGUAUCCCUUUUUCAGUUGUAAAUGUUCUUACACCCCCUUAGUAGAACCAUUUAAGUUCAUUUUGAAAGUAUUUGGGGCAUUGCUGAGCACAAACGCGCACAUGCUAGCUCUGCACUAGCUUGAUUCAGCUAGGAGGCAGUGAUGUGUCUGAUAAUCACCCCUUUCUGGUCCGAUCACAUGACCCAAGAGUGAGCCACUCACGAGUCAUAAAGGAUCCCCUUAGUUUUCACCCUCAAAUGGGAUCAACCAAAAUAUAGAGACUUAUUUAAGUUAUAUGAGCAUGCCUGAGUGAUAGCUAAGAUUUGAUUUAUUACUAGAAAUGCUAUCCAUUUAGUUCUUUUUAUUCACUUUAUGGAUGGAAUUCCAGGAUGAUGGACUUGGAAGUGUUUUGGAAAGGAUAGGGCUCUCCGUAGACCCCAAACUCAUCUGGUGAAGAUAGAAAAUUAAUAGCUCAGACACAAUACAUUUUUCUGACUGUAUCGCAUGCAAUUUUAUACCAAGUUUUGCAUAAUCUUUUACACAACCCUGACAGAGACAACACCUGUUACAUUGAAAUGUCUAAUACAUAUAUUUUUUUAAUAUUUCAUCUCAUAAACGUAGAUAAAAACCAGUCGGAUGGGGCUAACGGAUCCCUGUAUGGGGGGAAGAAAAGCUAUUAUUUAUCUGUCCUUGUUUCUCCAUGUUUGUUGUGUCAUUUUGUUUGCUUAUAGUUUCCUUCACAUACAUAUCAGGAUCAGGACCUAGUGAUUCAUAACUAGGCUUCUACAACACAGCCUAUUUUGCAGUACCACACAAUUUACCAUUAGCAUUGAGCUGGAUUGGAUUCAAUGUUAAGAGGAUCUUGCUAACAAGGACGACGGCUCUAGGGCCAGAUUUACUAACAGCUGGCACCAGCGCAAACCCUCUUUUGGCGUUAAAAUAGUACUGUCAGGAUUUACUAAAGACACGCAGUGAAAAAAAAUACACUGUAAAGGCAUUGACAAGGUUAUUUUUGUGGCGGAACCUAUUGCAUUUGCAUUUGUAGGAGUUUCCGUUUCAGACGCAAAAUUUAUGGGAGAAGAGUAUUUAAAUGAAUCACGCAAGUGAUUUACUAAAGUUUGCGCUAGUCAAUUUACUGGUAUUUGUGCCAUUUUAUAAAAUGGAUAGUUACGGCCCUUGAUUCUGAUUGGUUGAGCUGCGUUCGAAGCCGUUGUAAAAUUCACGAAAACAUACAGCUGACUGCACUGAAUGUGUAUGUUGCUGUGUAUGUUGCUGUGUCUGUCUUAGCAACGUGAACAUAUGUUUGUUCUCUAUUGAUUUUGUUAAUUGAAGCUUACUGCAUUACUGCAGAUAUCGAGUGACUGAGAGUAUUACCUGCAUUCAAAUUUAGCAUUUUCCUUCAGGUGUUCCAUUCCUGUGUUCAUAAUAAAAUUCAUUUGAAAUUGCUGUGAUCUUGUCCUUUUAACAUUUAAUGGGUUUUCCCGUGCCCUGCUGACACUGACAGCGCUAGUCAAAGCAUUUGUCAUUUGCGUCUUGUUCCGUGUUCACAACAAGUUCACAACAUCUAAUGGCGUAAUAAAUGUAACCUCUGUUGCUGUUCACGGUCAGGGACUAUUUCUUCCAGCGGAACGAAGCCUUUUAAUGAUUUUACUUCAUGAAAGUUGCAUUGAUACAUAUUUUUUGGCUUUAAUAUUUGUAUUGUGUGGUAACCGUUUUAUAAAAGCAAUAAGCCCCGUGAAGCCGUGGUUUACAGUGAAUUUAUAACAGCUAAGGGGGUUUCCGCUCCGCGUCGUGCCCCUUAGCUGUUAUAAAUUCACUGUAAACCACGGCUUCUUGGGGCUUGUUGCUUUAAUUUACCGCCCCCAAAAAAGCAUCUCUUAAACCAGACACUAAUUUGCGUUGCUCUUGGUAGAUUGCAUUAGUCAUUUUGGAAAUGAUUCGGCUGCGUCUGUGUUCUUUAAUGUGCGCAUUGUCAGUAAAUCACCCACAGAACUUUCCACUCCCAUCGGCACUUUUAUGGGAUUGCGCUCUCACGCUAAUUAGCCCUGUUUAAUAAAUCUGGCCCUUAGUGUUUUGCCAUGCUGUCUUAGCUGUGUCAAACUUUCUAGAAUUUUGAUACACACUCUCAUACUGAUUAAUAGCAUUUCCAUGCUGUUAGCUCGAGGGCAACAGUGCAAGAGAAACCUUUAUUCAGUUAUAGUGAUGGUUCACCCCAAAAAAACAACAUUCUGUCAUUUACUUUGUGCUGCUCUUUUCCGUACAAUGAAAGUUAUUGGAGAUAAACUGGAAGAGAGCAUUUUGGAUUUCUUCAAAAUAUCUAUAUUUUGUACUUGGACUUACAUAAGGUUGAAUCAUUUUAAUGAAAGAAUUUUAAUUCUCAUGUAAGUUAUUGACCUCGUACACUUACAGAGUCAUAGUCAGACACAUUUAGUGAACACUAACACUCCAGCGCCACAGGUGACUGUUAUCCUGGACAUGAACAACCCAGUCCUCAUUGUUGGGAACAGGAUUUGUGUUUUCAACCCUGAAGUGAAAUUAUUCUCAAGUCUAGUUGUGGUUUUUGUCUCUUUUUAAGUGUAUUUUGGAUGUGCGAACCCGUUUCCGUUGUCUUCGUUAUCUAUCCAAGGAACUACUUCUCCUCGAACACAGCUGCCAAAACCAACUGAGAACUCAACUCUUAUGAACUUUGUGCCUCAUCAUGUUUGAUACAGCAUCCUGUCAUCAUUUCCUGUUAUCAUGUGCGUGUUCUGUGCCAUAGGCUUUUUCUGUUUAUUGUUUUGCACCAUCUUUGUGAACAUGACUUUUGGAAGGUUUCUCAUAUGAUUUGUUUGUUUGGAUUUUUACAACUGAGACAAACUAGAAGAGACAUUACAGGAUAAUUAAAGGAGUUUUAGUUCUUUUGUUUAUAUUGGCAUGUAAAUUGUGGUUGGAAAGAAGUGAGUAACUCUCCUUUAUGGAGAUACUUUCUUCAGACUGCGAUGUGAUGGUAAAAAUGAAUUGUAGCAAAGUUUGAUUUGACAGAUCUGUUUUCAACCCUGUUGGACAAUGACAAAGUUUUAAAAUUAAAAUUUAAAGAACAAUCUGCA